AUUUCCGAAUUAGAACUCAGGCGAGAGCGGCAUGUUUAGGAGGAAGCCUACGUGUUGUGUAGAGAACAGCUGUUAUCGAGGUGCUCCCAACAACUGAACUUCUCUCCUCUAAAAUGCUAAAAUUAAGAACAUCGCAAUUAGUUCUCUCCCUUCAUGUGUUGGUGCUGCAGAUCUUCAGAAUAGAAGGAGGAGCUCUACAAUUAGAUAACAGCAAUUUUGACCAAAUUAUAGGGAACAAUGAGUUGGUGUUCAUCAACUUCUAUGCAGACUGGUGCCGCUUCAGUAACAUAUUAGCUCCAACUUGGGACGAGACUGCAGACAAAGUUAAGGAAGCAUUCCCAGAUGAAGGCAGGGUGGUUAUUGGAAAGGUGGACUGUGAUGCCCAGUCAAGCAUUGCUUCAAGAUUCCACAUCACAAAGUACCCAACCCUGAAGCUUCUCAGAAAUGGUCAGGCAUCAAAGAGGGAAUACCGAGGGCAACGCUCUGCAGAGGCUUUUGCGUCUUUCAUUAAGGAGCAGCUGAAGGACCCUAUUAAGGAGAUUGAGAGUUUGAAUGAAUUGAAUGAUAUUGAGGAGACGAAAAGGACUGUAAUUGGUUACUUUGAAAAUAAAGAUGUCCCUGAGUAUGAAGUGUUCCGCAAAGUGGCAACUAACCUCAAGGAGGACUGCCAGUUCCUAGCAGGCUUUGGAGACACAGUCCGUAGUAUGCACCCACCUGGUGAGAGCAUCAUAGCUUUCAAGGCUGCUGUGUCACGGGAAGAUGAUGCCUUUACGGGCUCUAUCACAUCAUAUGAUGAAUUAUCAAUUUGGGCAACAGAAAGAUGCAUUCCUCUUGUACGAGAGAUAACUUUCCAAAAUGCAGAAGAACUUACAGAAGAAGGUUUGCCUUUCUUGAUCCUUUUCCAUGCUCCAGAUGAUACUGAGAGUAUCAAAAGAUACACAGCUCUUGUACAAGAGGAACUUGCAGACCAGAAACAGAAUGUUAACUUCCUGACAGCAGAUGGUGUUCAGUUUGCUCACCCUCUGCACCAUCUGGGCAAAUCAAAGAAUGACCUUCCUCUCAUUGCUAUUGACUCCUUCAGACACAUGUACCUGUUUCCAGAUUACAAUCAAGCCUACCUGCCAGGGAAAUUGAAGGCUUUCUUAGCAGAUUUAUACAGUGGGAAACUUCACCGAGAAUUUCACUAUGGCCCAGAUCCUGAAACCACAGAGGAACCACAGCAGAUUGAAGACAAGUCUGGUGGCACUGCUGUGCCCAAAAAAGAGAAAGCAACAACACCUCCUGAAUCCACUUUCAAGAAGCUUGCACCUUCAAAGAAUAGAUACACACUUCUAGACAAGGAUGAGCUGUAGGUGAAAAAUUUGGAGCCACCUAUGACUGGGGUGGGGGUAGGGGGGGUCAGAUGAGGAAAUUCAGCAUUAAUGAGCUCUUAGUGUCAAAAAUAAAUUCAAAGAAGAAGCAUUACAUGGGUUUUAUGACUAUAUUAUUGCUCUAUUGGAUUAUCGUAGACAAUCAAAAUUUGGAUUUGAAUUUUCACUCAAGAAACUUGUAUUAUUGAAAAUUAUGCCUUUUUAUUUUUAUAGAAUGAUCUAAAAUGUUAUAUCUUAUUAGAUAAACAUAAUAUCUUAUAAGAUAUUAUGAUACAUUGUGACCUUUAAGAAAUGUCAUUUCCCAAUAAUCUGCAAUGCUGUCAGAAGUAUUGAAAAAAGAUUUUUUUGUUAAUAUUGUUUUGUUUCUAAAAGGGUGGGGUUUUUUGAUUUUUAUUUCUGUAACUUUUGUUAAAAAUCUGAUGUUAUUUGAGGAAUCUGUAGAUAUAAAUGUUAUGAGUAAUGUUAAAACCAGAUUUAUUUUUCUUCUAUCAUUGGUGUGCUUUUGAGAAUUAUGCAUGAUUUUGGUGUGAGAGGAAUGUGUAUGUGUAUAUUAUGUGAUUAAUUAAUUUGAAAAGUUUUUGAGUAAAAGGGGUUUUCUUUUAAGUUUAAAAAUGAAAUUUAUGAGGGGAGUUUAAACUCAGUCAUCCUUUUAGUUUUUGGGGAAAUAGCACAUUUUUUAUUUUAAAAAUACUGCAAAUAUAAAGGUCUUUUUAUUAAAAAAGGGGAAAUUAUAAACACUGUUUUUUUUUUUAUGAACCGAGUUGUUUUUGGUUUUUCGGAGUUUUAUUUAAAUUAGGAUUUAGGGUUCUUCCCAGCCCUUUUUAAAAGAUUGUCCUAUAUUUGCAGAGAAAUUUCUAUUUUAUAGUAGCCACUUAUUGGAACAUAUUGGCUUUUUUCAUCCCCUUUAGGAAAAAAUUUUAAACAAAUAAUUUUAAAUUUAAAUAAUGUAUUUAAUGACUCACAUAGUUUAUGGGCACUCUAGUUGCGGGAAAAAUUUUUUUAGUUUUCAUUUUCUUUUUGCAGUUUUCAAAAACUUUCAGAAGAUUUAAGAAAAUUUUUCUUUUAAAUAUUUUAAUGUCUUUUGCAUUUGAAAGUUUUUUUGAAGAUUUUAACUAGUCUUUUCUCUGGCUCAAAAGACCACAAAAUUUUUCAUAAAAUACAGAAAAAAGAAUGACCAUUCUGCCCACCCUUAUUGAAAUCGAAUGAUAGAAGUAUCUAAAUUGUGUAAUAAUAUAUUGUCAGAAUUAAUAACGGUGUCUUGAAAUGAAUGAUGAUAAAAUGACUUUUCAACAGCUCUACAAAAAGGAAUGGUUUCUAAUGAUUGGCACCAAAGUCAAAUACAAAGUGUUUUGAGUGGCAAAUUACUAGAAUAAAAUGGGUUGCUUUUUCUUAGGUACUUAAUUCUUGAUAUGGAUAAGCAUUAUAUGCCAAAAAAUUAAAGAUCUAAACAAGGAACACUGAGAUAUAUUUUGUUUAAUGAUCAAAAGAAUUAAAAGAAGGAAAAAAAUACUUUGUAAGAUAUGUUUAAACAAGAAGUGAAAAAUUUGUCUUUGGUGUUGUGUAGCAGGAGCCUCUUUGUUCCAGCCAGAGGAUGCUUUAAUGAAGUUAUGUACAAGGUAUAAAUAUUUUUCCAAACAAACGUGUUUUUGAGUGAAAGAAUCAUUUUUGAUGUGCUUUUCCAUUUACCCAUAUUGUGUAUGUGUCAAAGUAUCAUCUGUGUGCUGCACUGUGUACAAAACCAUUCCAUGGCUCAUGAUCUUCAGAGCUGUAAGUUUGUGUGUUCAUCUUGGAUAAUUAAAAUUUGAUAAGGAGAUGUGAAUCAACCUCCCAUUCAGGA